GAAAACGGAGAUCUUAGCAAAGUCGCAAAGUGCAAAAUCCUUGGAUUCACUAAAUUCCUAACUAAAUAAAGCAAAGACUACAGCUUCCAAAUCCAGUCAGAUAAGUCUUCCCUCAAGGAGAUGGCAUUGCCGAAUCCGAGUGAAAAUUAAUCUUAGUCAGUAAAUUCAGAAUAUUUGGUGAUUUUGCCGAAGUAGGAUAAAAGGGUCACCCUCGAGUCGUCGCUUCUGGCUUGCGCCUUAGUAGUCUUCUCUUGGUACGAAGGAAAGAACCUUCCAUAAGACUUUUGGUUACGGAUCCCACAACAUCAUCACACUUUAUAAAUCCACCGACUCACGCCCGCCAGAAGUGCACAUAUACAUCAAAUUCCGCAUCCGAAUAGGCCGAUCUUGCUCUGUCGCUGCUGCCUCCGAUGGCCACCCCGGAGGCAUACGGAACCAACCUCCCUUCAGUCCCGUCAUGGCUGAACAAGGGGGACAACGCCUGGCAGAUGACUGCCGCGACACUGGUGGGCCUCCAGAGCAUGCCGGGCCUGGUCAUCCUCUACGCCAGCAUGGUCAAGAAGAAGUGGGCUGUCAACUCCGCCUUCAUGGCCCUCUACGCCUUCGCCGCCGUCCUCAUCUUAUGGGUCCUCCUGUGCUACCGCAUGGCCUUCGGCGACGCCCUCCUCCCCUUCUGGGGCAAGGGAGCCCCUGCUCUUGGGCAGAGCUUCCUCGUCCGCCGCGCCAAAGUCCCUGAGACCGUCCGCCACCACCAGGACGGCUCCAUCAAGAAGCCCGCCACCGAGCCUUUCUAUCCGAUGGCCACUCUAGUCUACUUCCAGUUCACGUUCGCCGCCAUCACCAUGAUCCUACUGGCAGGGUCGGUCCUGGGCCGGAUGAACAUCCUUGCCUGGAUGGCCUUUGUGCCCCUCUGGCUGGUAUUCUCCUACACCGUCGGUGCAUACAGCCUCUGGGGGGGCGGCUUCCUCUACCAAUGGGGUGUAAUUGACUACUCCGGCGGCUAUGUCAUCCACCUCGCCUCCGGGAUCGCCGGCUUCACUGCAGCCUACUGGGUUGGGCCGAGGCUGAAGAGUGACAGAGAAAGGUUCCCGCCCAACAACGUCCUUCUUAUGCUGGCGGGUGCGGGUCUCCUAUGGAUGGGAUGGUCUGGGUUUAACGGCGGGGCUCCCUAUGCUGCCAAUAUCGACGCAUCCGUGGCCGUCCUCAACACGAACAUCUGUGCGGCCACGAGCCUCCUCAUAUGGACAUCGCUUGAUGUCAUCUUCUUCGGAAAACCAUCGGUCAUCGGAGCCAUCCAGGGAAUGAUGACCGGGCUUGCCUGUAUCACUCCCGGCGCUGGGGUGGUGCAGUCAUGGGCGGCGAUAGUGAUCGGAGUGCUUUCCGGUAGCGUGCCGUGGGUGUCGAUGAUGAUCCUUCACAAGAAAUCCACUCUUCUACAAAAGGUCGAUGAUACUCUAGGGGUGUUCCACACCCAUGCGGUUGCCGGACUCAUGGGAGGGCUUCUAACGGGGCUCUUCGCCGAUCCGGCUUUGUGCGAGCUGAUCGCACCGAUCCCAGACUCGAGGGGAGCAUUCUAUGGGGGAAGCGGCAGGAUACAGUUCCUGAAGCAGAUCGUGGCGGCCUUGUUCGUGAUUGGCUGGAACAUAGUUUCCACAUCUGCGAUUUGCCUGGCCAUAAAGUUGUUUGUGCCCUUGAGGAUGCCCGAUGAGCAGCUCAUGAUUGGAGAUGAUGCGGUCCACGGUGAGGAGGCCUAUGCUCUCUGGGGCGACGGGGACAAGUACGACCCCACGAACUCGAGUAACUGGCCCGGGCAGUCCUUCCCGGAGGCCAACCCGAUUAACAUGGCCUCGCCUUAUAUCAACGUGGCUAGAGGUGUGACGGUCAACUUGUAACUCAAACGUAGCGGUGAAUUGCGAUUCCCUUGUACAAGUGGGAAACCAUGAGUAUUGAAUUUGGGAAAAUUUUAGCUGACAAGUGAGAGUGGGAUUUCGAUAAGUGCCUGUAAAUAUUUUUCUUUUUCCUGUCCAAGUUGUAAUUCCAUUGACAUUUGAUUGUUAAAUUGUUUUUUUGUUAGGUAGA